UCCUAUUUGUCACGACUGGUGCCCUUCUUUUGUGUGGCGGCACGACACAAAAAGCAAAACCGCCAGAUGGGAGAAGUGAUGACAGUUGUUUGCAGCCGCAACGGCCUCGCUUUGUGGCAUCAUUUGACCAUUUGUUUUCUGUGAAGGAAAUGCACUGAGAGGGAAUAAAACAUAAAAAAAAAUUAAGAAGUAAAUCGACAGUGGAUGAGCUGGCAAAUCACGGAGGAGAACAAGCAAGCAACCAACCACCAUGAAGGCCAGCACACACAGAGAGAGAGAGAGAGAGAGAGAGAGAGAGAGAGAGAGAGAGAGAGGAGGAUAAGGAGGAAACCAGCUCCAGCAGUGAGCCGUGAGGAUGAGGAGGACAUAAUGGAGGAGCCACACUGAAGAAGAAGAAGAACCCCCUUUUUGCGUGUGAGGAUGCUCCCAACCUGCGAGGAGAGGGAAUCUGGGUGGUCAGGAAGACAUCUACCAGGAAUGUGGCGCUUGGCUGGACACGUCCAAUCCUGAUGGACUGAGGAGGGACACCCGUAAAAAGUGCAUUCAUCUCCGUGUCUUCAUGGAGGGACCUGGGGAGACUUGUUCGCGGCGCCAGGACGCACGACCAUCCGGGGGCUGCAAUCACGGCGCCUGUCUGCAAUAAGUGAAAGAAAAAGAAGCAAUAAACCAAUCCGUUCUCCUUCAAGCGACACAAUGAAAGAAGACGAGGCGUCAAAGUUCAGGAGAAGCGGCGCCUCCUCCUCGUCGAAAUCCUGGACUGCUGAGAACCGAGAACUGCUAGAUUAAAAACAAAUUGGGAUAUUUUUUUCGAUGCCAUAUCAUGAGCACUGUGAUUAUGUUCCAUGUUAUUUAGUCAUGGACUUUUUGGGCACGAGACGUCUUGUUUUAUGUUUGACACAAGAGCCAUAUUAGUCCUGCGUUAACUUAAAAAAAAGAGGCUGAUUAGUUGUUCUUUUUUUGCACUAUGAUGGAAGCGCCACCAUGCUCCAAGAAGAGCCUGUCCCUCUCCCUGCCGGUCCCCCGCGAAGGACAAGCCACCCUCAAGCCUCCGCAGCACCUCUGGAGGCAACCCCGGACUCCCAUCAAGAUCAAGCACCGGGGCUACUCCGACACCGACCGGCACCACCACCGGCACAUGGAGCGCUCGGACGCCGUGGACACGAGCGACCGGCCCGGGCUGAAGAAGUCGCGGAUGUCCUGGCCGUCCUCCUUCCACGGGACCACGCACACGUCCAUCGGGAACUGUGUCGGCAAUAGACGCUUCGAUUCGGAGAAUGGCCCCUCACCAGGCCGCAGCCCCAUGGAUUCGCAGGCGAGUCCUGGGUUGGUGCUCCACCCUUCGUUCCCCCAGAGCCAGCGCAGGGAGUCCUUCCUGUACCGCUCCGACUCAGACUACGACACGUCCCCCAAGACCAUGUCACGUAAUUCCUCCAUCAACAGUGAGGGGCAUGCUGAAGACAUGAUCGUCACCCCUUUCGCUCAGGUGUUGGCCAGCCUCCGAACUGUAAGAAGCAACUUCACCAUCCUCGCCAAUGUCACAACCCCCACUAACAAGAGGUCACCCGUGACAAGUCAGCCCACUGUUCCCCAAGCUACCCUCUCUGAUGAGACAUACCAGCAGAUGGCUCGGGAGACUCUGGAGGAGCUGGACUGGUGUCUGGACCAGCUGGAGACCAUCCAGACCCACCGCUCCGUCAGCGAGAUGGCCUCCAACAAGUUCAAGAGGAUGCUGAACAGAGAGCUGUCCCAUUUGUCAGAGAUGAGUCGCUCAGGGAACCAGGUGUCAGAAUACAUCUCCACUACCUUUCUGGAUAAGCAGAACGAGGUGGAGAUCCCAUCCCCAACCUUGAGGGAGCGGGAGAAGCCCAUGUGUCACAUCAGCGGCGUGCGGAAGCUCACGCACAGCUCCAGCCUUUCCAACUCCACCUUGCCUCGCUUUGGCGUCAAGACCGAGCACGAGGACGCGUUAGCUAGAGAGCUGAAUGACUUGAACAAGUGGGGCCUUAAUAUAUUUCGUGUGGCAGAGUUCUCCAACAACCGUCCGCUGAGCUGCAUGAUGUUUGCCAUCUUCCAGGAGCGAGAUCUGCUGAAGACCUUUCGGAUCCCGGUAGAUACGUUCGUCACCUAUGUGAUGACGCUGGAGGACCAUUACCAUGCCAACGUGGCCUACCACAACAGCCUCCACGCUGCAGAUGUCACUCAGUCCACACACGUACUGCUGUCCACGCCGGCUCUAGAUGCUGUGUUCACUGAUCUAGAGAUUUUGGCCGCGUUGUUUGCUGCUGCCAUUCAUGAUGUGGACCAUCCAGGAGUGUCCAACCAGUUCCUCAUAAAUACCAACUCCGAACUUGCCCUGAUGUACAACGACGAGUCGGUCCUGGAGAACCACCACCUGGCUGUGGGCUUCAAGCUGCUUCACGAGGACAACUGCGACAUCUUUCAGAACCUCAGCAAGAGGCAGAGACAAAGCCUGAGGAAACUGGUCAUCGACAUGGUUCUGGCGACAGACAUGUCCAAACACAUGAGCUUGCUGGCAGACCUCAAGACCAUGGUGGAGACCAAGAAGGUGACCAGCUCGGGUGUUCUACUGUUGGACCACUACACGGAUCGGAUACAGGUGCUGAGGAACAUGGUGCACUGUGCGGACCUGAGCAACCCCACAAAGCCUCUGGCCGUGUACCGACAGUGGACGGAGAGAAUCAUGGAGGAGUUCUUCAGGCAAGGAGACAAGGAGAGGGAGCGAGGGAUGGAGAUCAGCCCCAUGUGUGACAAACACACCGCUUCUGUGGAAAAGAGUCAGGUGGGCUUCAUCGACUACAUCGUCCAUCCUCUGUGGGAGACUUGGGGGGACCUGGUGCAUCCCGAUGCCCAGGACAUCCUGGACACCCUGGAGGACAACAGGGACUGGUACCAGAGCACCAUCCCGCAGAGCCCGUCACCUCCUCCCGUGGGCCAGGACAAGGAGCUCAACGCCUGCACGGACAAGUUUCAGUUCGAGCUCACCCUCGACGACGGCUCCCGGGCCGAGCAGGAGGACGAGGGCGACGCCGCGGCGUGCCCCAACCACAUGGAGCAGGACCACAGCCGAGGCGAGGAGGGCGGCAAGGAGGAUGACGAGGAGGACGUCCUGGCGGAGGAGGAGGAGGAGGAGGAGGAGGAGGACAUCAUCGAGGAGGAGGACGAGGAAGUGGCCAUGGAGGAGGAGGAGCAGGAGGAGGAGCUUAAAGGCGAGGAAUCGAAAAAGGAGAGACUUUCUGACACGAGUCCUGUAGAAGAAGAGGAGGAUUCUUCUUCACAAGCUGAAGAUACAUGAGUCGUGCUCAUGCCAAACCGAGAACAAACGUGACAGUACUGACCUUUAAAUCUAUUUUUCAACAACAACAAGAGAAAAAGGGAAGGAGAAGUUCAUUACACAGCAACUGUAGACGGUGUAGCAGUCUGGGACGGGAACGCACACGCAAAUAAACAACACACGAAUGCAGCGGUGCAAAGGUGUGCACUCAUGCAUGCAGUAUAUGCAGAAUGCUUGCAGUACCACCAUCCACCAACACGGGCCGCUGUUCUCCUGCAAACACACACUAUGUUUGUAUGUGACACAAUUGAUCAGUUCUUUUCUUUUGGAAAAAGCCAUCUCUUAAUGGAGUGUUCAGUCAGUAUUAGUAAUCCAUGUUCAGUAGAAUCUCAACAGGAACUCGGCAGAAAGCGGGCGACUUUAUUUGAUUUUUUUCCAUUUCUGUCGGAAAAGAAAAAUAAGGGACGUGUGGAUGCGGAGGGAGGGAGGAGGUAGUGUGGAUGCGUGCGACGAAGCGGGGCCUUCCACCCCGCAUCCCCUUUACGAGGCUUAGCUAGCUACAGCGGUGCAAGAUGGCUCUGUGCCUUUUCUGACUCACCACGCCUCCUUCGGUGGAGCUUGCGGUGAAGCAAUGCAUUGUGGGACUGGGGAGUUUUGUCUCUAUGUGUGCGUGUGCUUUUUGUUUUCUCAUAUUUGAAGCUUUAGUGGUGCGUGUGUGUGUGUGUGUGUGUCCGUGUCACCGUUUCAAGCUGUUUCUUAGUCUUCCUUUGUUGCUCUUCUGCUGAGGUGGAGACGCAGAGCAGUCGCUAGCACCGCCGCUAAUGGACUCUUUUAUCGGAAUGGUCUUACCUUUCUUUUCUGAAGAAUAAGCCAUGCGAUGCUUGGGUGCAUUUUGUUUGCCUAUUAUUCUAAACAGCUGAAUUGUUAUGAUUAUGUUAUCAGCCACACCCACUUGCACUGUGCGUCCUCAUGCAACGAUCACCAAAGUACAUGACGAGUGCAGGGUAGCGGGAGGAAGAAUGUCAGGAAGUUGGUCGUAAUAGAUCCUCAAACGUCGUUAAUCUCACUUGUGUGUGGUUCGUUUAAUCAGAAAAUGCAGCAGUAAAUCCCCACUAUGAUGAAUGGGAACAAAAAAAGCCCUAAAAAUGCCUAUUUUUGACGCUCUAAACUAUAUAAUAUAGCUCUCAGUUAUUAAACACAUUUUAAAAUCGGUUACACAUUAAGAAACAAUUACAGGCAAAAGGUAUACAGCAGGGGUGUCCAAAGUGUGGCCUGCAGCUUUUUUUUCAUUAGCCCGCUGCACUUUCUAGAAACACAAUUAAACAAGAAAACAGCAAAAAUGGAAAAAAGAGCAAAUUAAAGUGAAGAUAUUAAGAGAAAAAAGUAAUUUCACGAGAAUAAAGUAAUAUUAUGAAGAAAAAUAAUGUCAUCUUAGGAGCAUGGAGUUGAAAUAUUAAAGAAAAAAAGUGGUUAUUUAUUUUUUUAAGCCGUAAUAUCAUGAGAAAAAAACCCAAAACAACAAAUAAAGUUGUAAUUUUUGGAAGAUUAAAUUGCAGGGAAAAGUUAUAAUGUCACAAGAAUCAAGACAAAAUAUUGUGGGAAUAAAGUCAUCAUUUCAAGAAGAACAUUUUUGGAAAGAAAAUAGUUGGAAAAUAAAUAAAGAAAACAGCAGAAACUAUAUGAGAUAAAGUCGCAAUUUUAUGAGAACAACAUUAUGAGGAAAAAUAUUGAACAAUGAAGUUGUAAUUUUUGGAAAAUUAGGUUUGGGAAAAGGUUAUAAUAUUACAAGAAUAAAGUGAAAAUAAUAUGGGAAUAAAAAUCAUAAUCAUGAAAGGACAUUUACGAGAAAACAGUUGAAAUAUUUGCAAAAAAAUUUUCGAAAUUAAAGUCAAAACAUUAAAAAAAAAAAAGGUGUAAUCUGACGAGAAAAAAAGUUGUAAUUUUCGGAGAAUAAAGUUGUAACAUUGGGAGGAAAAAUAAUGUCAUUUCAGUAGCGUAGAGUUGAAAUAUGAAAGAAAAAAAUAGAUAUUUUUAAGUCCUAAUAUAGGAACCAAAACAAAGAAUGAAGUUGUAAUUUUUGGAAAAUUAGUUAGUGGGGAAAAACAUAUAAUAUUACGGUAAGUCAAAUAUUACGUAUGAGAAGAACAUUUAUUGAACAGCAGAAAGAGCAAAGACCAAAGUUCAUACUAACAAUACGCUUUUUCACCAAUAUCAAAAAGCUGUGAUGCAGGUUAUUUUAUCUUGAAAUAUAGAACCUCUUAGCAUAUCUAGAGUACAUGGAUUGGUUGACAAAAUAGCAAAGAGGCCCUUGCAUCCUUUCAUUUUUCAGUAUGUGGACAUUGAUGGAAAAAGUUUGGACACCCCUACUAUACAGUAUUGUACUUCCAAAAGGUGCCGUUACCACGUUAUCAACCCAUCAGGUCUUGUCAGAGCAUCUUCCUGCUGGACAAUGUUGAGUUAAUUGACUUGUGUGACAACACCCUCUGCUGGAUUCAUAGCUGAAGCACUCUUCCCCCCCGGUAGGCCUGUCACGAUAAAAAAUGUUGCUGGUCAAUAAUUGUGCUACAAAUUAUCGGCGAGAUUUGAUUUUAUCGGCAUUUUUUAAGAGCAUUUCUUCCUGAAUUAUAUAGCAUAACAUACGCAGAUAUGUCUCGCCGCGUCCCUCAGCUCACUGUGAUCAGCUUUAUCUUUGUUUUAUCGUUUGUUGUGAGGGCUGCCAGAGGUCCUGCUGCGGGAGGAGCCGUUUCCUCCCAGGAAAACGUCGACGCAGGGGUGGCGGACUUGUGAAGCUCAAAGCCUCGCUGGCACUUUCUCCCGAGGUGGUGUGGUUCCCAUAGAAUUUUCAGCGGGAUUGUUUUUGCCGCUUUGUCUCUCAGCGCAAGUUGGUCGUGUUCCCCUUUUUCCUCGUCACUACUUCCGAACAAACGCACUCACUUUGUUCAUUCUGUUUAAAACCACACUGGGGCUGUUGCAUUCGCCUUAGAAACCAUGGCUUCUGUGCAUUCGUUCAUGUUAGCAUAUGCUUUCUCACAAGGCUAGUUUCUUGCUAGCACCCUGGGUCCGCUCACUAGUAGCCCCGUCUCCACAAAGAGGUUGAAUGAAAGGACAGGAGGGUUCACUCUCUCUGUUCAUUCCACUAUAGAACCAAUAGGCACAGACAGAUGCAGAGUGAACCCUUUGUCAUCCAGCCUGUGUGGUGCAAAGCAGCUUCAACACACACGCAUACGUGCACAUAUCAAUUUAUCCAGGGCUCAUAAUUAUCGACCUGUGUUUUUUUAACCGUUCGAUUAAUCGAUAUAUCUAUUAUCGUGACAGGCCUACCCACUGCUAACAGCGCCAUCAAACCACUUUCUGUUUAAGUUACUGUUUAAAAAAAUGACUCAUUUACAAUUUAAAGCAGAUAAAAGAAAAUGAUUCCACAUAUAUGUGGAGGAGCGAAUGCUGAACCACUAAUGGGCGAGGAUCUGCUGUCUUUUUGCCUCAACACAGGGGUGUCCAAAGUGCUGCUCGGCGGUCAUUUUACUGGCCCUUGCCAUAUUCUGAACAAAUGAAUAAAUGCAUUAUUAAUGAGGUAUAUUAUCAGACGUUGUGGUAGUUUGCUUUGUCACCUAUGAACACAAGCUAUGUUUUGUUCAGAUAGCAUCUUUAAUGCACAAAAUGUAUCAAAGUGUCCCUUUUUCUGAAUGCACCCCUCAGUGGAAAUCUUUUGGACACCCCUGCCUUAACGGGAUGCUGCUAUCCUACUAUAUUUUCAUAUUAUUAUACGUCUGUAUUAGUACGCGUUGCAUCGGCCCGUUCAUUCCAGCUUGGUAAAAAAAAUGUGUUUUUAGCUAGAUAAGAGUUUUAGCAAGCGUUCACAAUGAAUCGUUGGCACGCUGGAGUCUGAUUGAUUGACGAGACUCCAUAAUAGGACGUCAAAUUGUUAUAGUUUGGUGUAGUUUUCGCAGGGUAAAAUUAAAUAAAAGUAUGAGCGUGAGCCAGGUUCUGCAGGUCAGCAACCGAGCUCUGGAAUAACUGCAUCGACGCAACAUUCCCGUAUGCACCAUUGCCUGUUCACUUCAAUAUUAUUAUUUUUUUGUAUGCGUGUGUGUGCGUGUGCGCGUGUGGCUUCUUCUGGUGAUGUCAUUGAGCUAUUGAGGGGGGAAAAAAAGUUACUAUUUAAUUGCCAUACAAACACAAUACUGUAGCAGUUGUUUCUUAAUUAAUAAGAAGAUUAUUCAGUGGGUUGAUUGCUGCCAUUUCUUUAAAAAAAAAAAACCAUGAUGAGAAAAACCACGGGAAGUGUUUUUCUUUGAACAGUGUGUGUACAGUUUAUUUUUAUAUCAUUCCGGUGGCUGGCGUAAAGGGAAAACACACACAUACACACACACACAAAAGGAAUCACACGUGGAUAUAGCUGUAAGCAUAAUCACUUCUGUAAAUAUUGUAAUAUUGCAUUGAUGUAAAUGACGAGCAUUGAGCACUGCAGGCCACAGCUGUCACCUCUUUGUCAUUCUGUUGCCUGCUUUGUCACCACUCUCGUUUGUCGUUCACCUCAAAUAUACCAGCACUUUAUUUCGUCAGGCUCGGAAGCUGUAAAGUAGUGUCUUUUUUUUUUUUUAAGCCUGUGCUGUUGAGGCCUCAUUGCAAUGUUGUAGUCAACUAAACUUAACCACACUUGAUGGUAGUCCACUUGAGAUUGCUUGACUCGUGAAGCCCAAAAAGGUGAGCAGGUAACGUCACGCCGGAUGUGACGUGUUCAGCGAUAUAUAUAUAUAUACACACACACACACACCUGUAUAUAUAUAUAUAUAUAUAUAUAUAUAUAUAUAUAUAUAUAUAUAUAUAUAUAUAUAUACAUAUAUAUAUAUGUGUGUGUGUCCUUAUUUGUCUCUCGCCGCCAUUUUCUAUCAAGCACUAUCACCGCCUCUCGUUUCUUAGUAAUCACUAGCCUGCCAUCAGGUUAGUUGGAUGCAUACUGACUCCCUCUAAGAGUGUUUUUUUUAAGCUUUAAAGUCACCUGUGUUCACAAGUGAGGCAAAUUAUUCAAAGGGUGUGGGGUGGGGGGGUGGGGGUAAUUCAAAACAACAUGAGAUGAUUGUAAUAUUUGUAAAUGAUCCCUCGCUGUAAUGUGUAAAAUGUGUCCAGGUUAUUUUUUAUUAUAUUAUUUUUAUGAAAUUUUGUUUCCUCUUGAAAGAGCCGCCGAGGUGUCAUUUUGUGAAUAAAUGCAUUUAAUAAGCAAAUAUCUAUAUAUAAAAAAUAUGAUAGUAUAUCAGUAUAUUUUUUUUUUAUUUCACUGUCCGGUACUGUAAAGUGUGUUAGAAAUACAAUAAAGUACGAUUUUUAUAUUACAUAAUGCAUC